UUGGUGGGACUGGGAGCCAGAGGCCUGGGUCUGAGCCCUGUACACGCUCUACAGUUAGUGUUUCUGGGCCCUCCCAUGCCCUUCUGGGCCUCAGUUUCCCCAUAUGUACAGCAUGUGCAGUCUACUACUAAGGAACCUUCGAGCUGGAUGGAGUGAGAGCGUGAGGAAGCCAUGCCCUUAACCAGAGAGGAGUGGGUUGGAGGUGGGACUGGGGUUUGAAAGGGGAGACUUCUGCCGGGUCCCUGUGGUGUUAGGUUCAGCACCUCUUCCUCCUCCCUCGCCAGUAUACACACUCAGGCGCACUCACGCCUGGCCUGGCCCCUGCCCUCACACUCUCCUCACUGCCUGCGGGAUGAAGCCCCAGAACUCCCUAGCCUGGGAGCAGAGGCUCUCGGGGCCAACCAUACCAGAUGUCUAGCCUCAACUGCAGUCUUCUCCCCACCCGCCGUCUCACCAGCCAUGUUUAACCUCUGGCCUUUCCUCUGGGCAGUGCGACUCGGUUUCCUAGGGUUAGAGAUCCUUUUGGGGCCACAGACCUGGCCAGUCUGUGUUGCCAGCGUUGUCAGUUUGUGUCGGUAAGACUCAUCGUCAGGGGCCCCAGGCUGCACUGAGAGAUAAGGGAGACUGAAGAGCAGGUCCCCAUACCCAGAGGAGCUCCCCUCCACCGGUUUAUGCUUUCUAGGGAGGACUAAAAUAGUUUGAAAAGCUGUGAUUUAGUCAGACCUUCAUUUCACAGAGGAGGUGAUUGAAGCCCAGAGAAGAGCAGGGCUCUGGAUAAGCUGGGGCAUGGCCAGGGCCGAAUAGCUGGGCAGAGGUCAGAAGGGGGUCCUGUGGGAGCUACUGAGGUGUGAGCCAUGGGUCCAGGGUAGGGGAGCUUCUGCCAGCCCCAUGGGGGCAAGGGGAGGAAGCCUAAGGGGGAGAGGAGUGCCCUGGGUGUGGCAUUGGUUGGGGUGGGCCCCAGGUAAGUGUCGGGGAUCUGAUGUGCAAGGCCUCCCAACAGUGAGUUAUCUGCUGCAGGUCCCCAGCUCACCCUGAUCUGGUUCCUAGUCUGUACCUCCCAUCCUGGCUGCACCCUCCCCCCUCCACCUUUAGCUGGUGUCCUCACCUCUCAGCUCAGACCCCGACAGACUGCCAGCUGAGGGUGGAAAGGUCACUUCCCAAAGGGUCUUUCCAUUCCACCAGUUUCUGGAGAUAUGGGUGAGGGUCAGAUGGGCCCAGGCCGCACUUGCUGUACCCCUGACUCCUUGGCUGUGUUGUCCUGGUAUUCUGAGCUGACUUGGAGCAACCCUACCCCAGUCCUCCACAGGGGGCUGGGGCUGCUGCAGGGGGCCAGCAGAAAGAGAAGCCUGCAGUUGGGUGUCCAGCCAUUUCUCCUUCCUGCUUCUCUCUCCCAAGGCCUCGCCCUCCUGAAGCAACAACAGCAGGAAAGGUGGGGCAGGAAUGUCCUGGGCCUGGGCCCUUGGCCAGAGAUCUGAGGCACUCAUCUCAUUCUGCCCCAGAGCCAAUUCUCUGGGAAUUGUAGGCUCUGUCAGGAGCCUGGAAUGCCCUUUGGUGUCUUUGGGCUUGGGUGGGGAGGGAUGAGACCCCUUCUCAUUUGAUCCUUUGGGUCUGUCUGUAUCUCCUCAUAUUAUGUCUACAGCCCCACCGAGGUCAACCAACUCAGAGCCUCAGAGUGUCAGAGUCGGAGAGAGGCCGAGUCUGAGGGUCUGGGGUUAAAAGACUCUCUAAUUCUCAACCCUGAGACGUACAGUCACGUAAUCUGGGCAGAUGACCUUCUUUGCCAGGUCUGGUAGGAGAGGGCUGUGUCUGAUUGGAGGAUGCAGCCUGGCUAUGGGGAUGGGUUCGAACCCAGGCCCCUUGCUCCCCCUCCCUCCAGUCAGGAGGCUGCGUUCUCAGGUGAUCCUGCUUUCUUGGAGGGUCCCACUCUCCAGGGAAGGAGGUCCAAAGACCUGCCCACCCCCAUGGCCCCCACCUCUGGAGUAGAACCCGUCCUGCAGCUUGCAGAGGGGCAUGAAGUGUCUGGCUCCUGCCCACACUCACCUCACCCUCUCAUGGCUUGGAAUCAUCUCCUCUGAAACUGUCACCAAGUCCAUGUCCCCAGGUCUGACUUUGAAUCCCAUCACUCCCCCACUCUGAGGCCCUCCAUGGCUUCUCUGUUACCCACUUAGGGAGCUCUUGGUGGGCCACCUGCAGAGCCUGGGCCUUCAUGCCCAUGAGCCUUUGCUCUCAUGGUUCCCCCACCUGCAUGCCUUGUCCUCUUCUCUGCCUCUUUAUUUCUUGCCCAUCCUUCAUGGCUCCAGCAGGAUAUUUCCCACUUCUCCCAGACCCCUCCUACAUAGCCCUAUUGGGUGACAGGGAGUCCUGAGCCAUGGCCUUGAGAUAAAGGCUGUGCUCCUCCGAGAGUAUGUCCUUGUUUCCAGAGAGUCAGUGGAGAGAGGACUAGGUUGGAGCACUACUAGAUGUUACUCUGAGCUCUUGGGAGCCAUGGUGGGUGUUUGAGCAGAGGAAUGAGCAGGCCAGAGGGCUUAAGGAGCAUCUGCCUUUUGGGUAAAAAAUAGAUGCUUCCCUUGCAGUUCUGAGUCCUCUUUCCCACUCCUUCAGGCUCCCCUCAGCUGGGCCCAAGUGGAGCAUGAGCAGGGGUCACUGGCCAGUUCAGAAACUCCCCUUUGGGGUGACAUGGGCUCCUUGCUCAGUUCUGAGGUAGGGUGGUCAUGGGCCUUUUGGGCAUAUAGCCUGAGAGGGCACCCUGCUCCCAUGGCUGCUAUUCGCUCUAAUCUUGCUUGGUUCUCAGGCCCUGAGUCUGGCACCCUGGCCAUGUGCAGCCCUGAGGAGGCAGCCCUGCUGCGGCUGGAGGAGGUCUUCUCAGCCACACUCGCACGCAUCAACAGCUUUGUCCUCCAGCCCCUUCUGGAGGCCGCUCCAGAGCCCUCAGAUCCCUGGGGCAGAGAGUGCCUACAGCUCCUGCAGCAGCUGCACAGGAGCUCCCAGCAGCUGUGGGAGGUGACGGAGGAAAGCCUGCACUCACUGCAGGAGAGGCUGCGCCACCCGGACUCCAUCAGUCUGGAAUCCCUGCUGCUGCUGCACAGCGCUGACCGUGUCUUGCAAGUCCACCUGGAGUACAUCGGGUCCUACACAAGCUGUGUGGCAGUGCAGGCCUUUCAGAAGGUAGUAAAGAGGAGGAGCGAGUACUGGCAGGGCCAGCGGAAGGCGCUGCAGCAGUUCCUGUCGGGCAUGAGCUCAGAGGGCUCGGUGGGCACCGCGCUGGUCCAGGCUCUCCGCCAGCCACUCACCCAUCAUGUGCGGCAGUGCAUGCUCCUCCUGCUGAGCCUCAGGGACACUGUCGGGGAGAGUCACCCCACCCGGGAGCUGUUGGUGCAUGCAGCCACCAUCUUUGGGAACUUGCAGUCCUUCAUGAGGCAGGAGCUGGACCAGGCCAUGGCCACGCAGGCCCUCUGGCACACUCUGAGCAGCCGGCUGCGGGAUGUGCUCUGUACCCCCGCUCACCGACUCUUGCAAGACAGCCAGGACAUACCUGUGACGGUCACCCCGCUGAGGGCAGAGCGUGUGCUGCUCUUUGAUGAUGCCCUUGUCCUGCUACAGGGCCACAGUGUCCACACCUUUGAUCUGAAGCUGGUGUGGGUGGAACCUGGGCAGGACGGGUGCAUGUUUCACCUCCUCACGCCUGAGGAAGAGUUCUCCUUGUGCUCCAAGGACCCACAGGGCCGGGUGGCCUGGCAGCGGAAGGUCACCCAGGCUGUGUGCCAGACCUUGCGUGGGAAGAAGGACUUCCCGGUGCUGGGGGCGGGCCUGGAGCCUUCUGAACCCCCCACCUGCCGCUGUGGAGCAUACACCUUCCGUGCGGAGGGCCGCUUCAGCCAGGCCACCUAUGAGGGCGAGUGGUACGGUGGCAGGCCCCAUGGCAAGGGAACCCUGAAGUGGCCAGACGGGCGGAAUCACGUGGGGGAUUUCUGCCAGGGCCUGGAGCACGGCUUUGGCAUCCGCCUGGUGCCCCAGGCCUCCGAGGAUAAGUUUGACUGUUACAAGUGCCACUGGCGGGAAGGCAGCAUGUGCGGCUAUGGCAUCUGUGAGUACAGCACCAGCGAGGUGUACAAGGGCUACUUUCAGGAAGGCCUGCGGCAUGGAUUUGGGGUCCUUGAGAGCACCCCGCAGACCCCUCAGCCCUGCAGGUACACGGGCCACUGGGAGAGGGGCCAGAGGAGUGGCUAUGGCGUCCAGGACGACGGCGACAGGGGUGAGCGCUAUAUUGGCAUGUGGCAGGCUGACCAGCGCCAUGGCCCAGGGGUCGUGGUCACCCAGGCGGGUGUCUGCUACCAGGGGACCUUCCAGGCAGACAAGAUGGUGGGCCCAGGGAUCCUUCUCUCUGAAGAUGACUCCUUGUAUGAGGGCACCUUCGCCAGGGACCUGACCUUCGUGGGGAAGGGCAAGGUCACCUUCCCUAAUGGCUUCACCCUGGAGGGCUCUUUUGGCAGUGGGGCAGGGAGAGGACUGCAUACCCAGGGUGUGCUGGACACAGCUGCCCUCCCUCCAGAUCCAGGCAGUACCCGCAAGAGGCAGCUGGGCCUGGGCGUCUUCCCCGUGGAGAGCCGCUGGCAGGGCGUCUAUGGCCCCUUCCAGGACUUUGUUCAAGCCGGCUGCCCUGGAGACCUGCAGGAGGCCCUGCUGGGCUUCCACGUGCAGAGCUCAAGGGAGCUGCGCAAGUCCCAGGAGUACCUGUGCUGCGAGAGGACCCACCCCGAGGACCACGCAGGCAGAAUGGAGGACAUCCUGGAGGAGCUGCUGCAGCACCGGGCGCCCGAGGCCCUGCAGCAGUGCCUCAGGAAGGCCCUGAGCAACUCUCUGCAUCCCCUGGGAAAGCUGCUCCGGACUCUGAUGCUGACCUUCCAGGCCACAUACUCAGGCAUUGGGGCCAACAAGCACCUGCAGGGGCUGGCACAGGAGGAGGUGAAGCAGCACGCCCAGGAACUCUGGGCCGCCUACAGGGGUCUGCUGCAGGUUGCCUUACAGUGCAAGGGCCAGGUCCCAGAGGAAGAUCAAGAUGCAGAGACAAGGGACCUGCAGGUGCACAGAUUGAUGCUACCCCUUGUCCUGCCCAGCUUCUACUCGGAGCUCUUCACUCUCUACCUGCUUCUUCAUGAGAGGGAGGACAGCCUCUACAGCCAGGGCAUUGCCAACCUUAGCCUCUUCCCCGACACCAAGCUGCUUGAGUUCCUGGAUGUACAGAAGCACCUGUGGCCCCUCAAGGACCUCACGCUGACGACCAAUCAGCCUCCUGGAGACCAUUUACCCCACUUUACAAGGUAUUCCUUAGUCAGAGACAAGUGCUUCCUGUCAGCCACGGAAUGUCUGCAGAAGAUGAUCACCACGGUGGACCCCCGGGAGAAGCUGGAGGUGCUAGAGAGGACAUACGGGGAAAUUGAGGCCACUGUGUCGCGGAUGCUCGGCCAGGAGCACAAGCUGCCCAUGGACGACCUGCUGCCGCUGCUCAUCUACGUGGUGUCGCGUGCCCAAAUCCAGCACCUGGGAGCCGAGAUCCACCUGAUCCGUGAUAUGAUGGCCCCUAUCCACACAGGAGGCCUGUAUGACUUCUUGCUCACGGCCCUGGAGUCCUGUUACGAGCACAUCCAGAAGGAGGACAUGAGGCUGCAUCGCUUGCCCAGCCGCUAGAACUCCAGGGAGCCGUGGUAGCUCAGCUUCUCCUGGACAAACUGCAGAGCUGAGAGGGGCCGCCAUGGAAUUCCCGUGGAGUGAGCGUGGCCCACUCUGGCCCUUGUGGCCCACAGGACAGAAGGCAGGAUGAGCCCUGGAGGUGGCUCUUGGGGGAGAUGAGCGUUUAAUUUCUCGCAGGGAGAUGCUGCUGCUGUCCUGACUGGGAGGAGGGUGAGGGUGAUGGGUGUGGCCCCAGAGCUGGUGGUUUCCCCUCCCCCUGCCCCCUGCCACUCUCUAGGCCAGCCUUGGAUGACCUUCUUGACCAGCAGCAGCUCAUGGACUGGGGGCAAGGAGCUCCUGGCCUCUCCUUGCCUCAUCCUUGCCUCCAAGUUAUUGAGCCUCUCUGGGCCUCAGUGUUGCCAUCUGUAAAAUGGUGGACUACAUGAUCUGUAAAGGGCCUUCCAUCCAUCUUGCUGACUUCUGGCGUCCUUCCGUAAGUCUGACUUUGGUCUGUUGGGCUGUAACUGAAGUUCUUCUGUCUCGGGUGGUGUCAUUCCAUUUCUCCUCUCCUGGUCAGAGGCUCCAAGCUGCUAGUGACAGCUCCGUUUAUUGGGCUUUUUUCCCAUGAGUUGUCUCCUGUGGACCUGCCUUCUUCCCGACUGCCCCAGGGCAGAGCUGGCCUCUCAGGGCUGCAAGGCAGGAACAGCUCCACCUCCGCCCUGACCUGCUGGGUGGCCUCUGGCAAGGCCCUUCCCCUUGCUGGGUAUGCAAUUGAGAGCGUGGGCUUGGGGGUCUCUGAACUACAGUCCGCAUAUCAUGGCCAUGCUGGAGCAGGCUGGGGGCAGGGGAGGAAACACACCUUGCUUGCCUCACUGCCAGCAGGUGCCAAGGGAAUUACACACCUAUGACCUCUGUGGGCCUGCGUGCAGGAGGGACAACGGAGGCACAAGGUUGGCCUAUGCCCUGACUGAUAAGCACCUCUGGCUCAGGACCCCAACAGGAGUUGGGGAGGGAGGCAUUGGGAGCUCCUUUGCCUUUGGGAGGGGAGGACUUUAUUUAAAUAGUGGUUCUAAUGUGGAACCAAAAAACACAGAACUGGGUCUUGGGGCAGCUUCAUCCCUGCCGGGCCUCAGUUUCUCCUCCCCACAUGGAGGAGUUUGGGGCAGGUGGCCUGCAGGGGCUCCCCCUGCCCUAACAGGAGAUGUGUGACGGUAGGCAGGGCGACUGUGUUCUGAAGUGGUCCAAGGGCAAAGCAUGGGGAGAGGGUGGGUUUACGCAGGGGCGUAGCCCUGGAGGACAAGCUGGGCCUAGCUGUCAGGCCCAUGCCUUGGACUGUAAGAAAAUUGGGUCAUACAUCUUGGCUCUGGGUGUGCCUUCCAUAAAAAAACCCUGAGGGAGGCUCCAAGAAAGCCUGGGCCCAAGGCCGAAUCCCCAAGGAUUUAGCAGGGGGCAAUCCAAGGACCCUCAGAGAUACUGUGGGGCAUUGAGUGGAGAGACUCAGCUGCCUCCAUGCACUGCCGCCUCCAGAGGAAGGGGCGGGGUGAGCUUUCCCUGGCUGUUCCGCCAAAUGUGACAGCUUGAAUGGAGAAAGGUCCUGGGCUCUGGUUUUGCCACACUCCUGUGGUGUCCCCGCAGAGUCCCUGGAAGAGGGUUGAACUGAGGAAAGGUAAGGAUAUCCAGGCUGCCGUGGGCAUGCACCUCACCCAGGACUAUGGCAACUCUCCAACAGUUGUCAGGUAGUUCUUGUCCCUUAACAAGUGACAACAGCCUUGCCCAAGGGCAGCCCUGAGUUGGUGCGAUGCCGCAGCCUCACUCCAGAGAGCACCGCACACUCCCCGGCUCCAUCAGGAUCAGUGCACGCUCACCGCAGUGCAGAUUCACCAGGACCUUUCACCCAUCCUCUUGCUGGGCCUCCCCAACACCUACUGAACUGGGGCCCCUGGACAGGGCUUCAGGAGAUUCCCGGGGCAGCUCGGGCUGUUGUGUCAGACCCUUUCAGCACAACCAUAAAGCCAGCAGGGGCCUUCGAAUUAGACAGCGAAUUGACAGCUGAGGUCAGUUCUUCAUUUACAGAAGAGAUACCUGGAGCCAGGUAACCCCCUGCCGUGUGGGUGCCUGGGGAGGCUGAUGGGGAUGGCCACCUGCGGGCAGGCGAGUCCCCGCUCCAGUGAUGGCCUCCCCCGGCUGCUGCAGGAGCCCCUUCGCUGCAGUGAGAGCACUGGUAUCCACUCUGUGAGUCUGGUUGGGAACCAGGAACUCUAGCGCCUCGGGUGAUCCGGAUGAUGUCAAAAGCAGCCUCUGCGCUCUGUCUUUCUGGUCCCCAUCUCUUCUCCAGGAUGAGAAUUCUGCUUUCAGCAGUGAUCGUGAGGAAGUGGUAAAAUUCUUCACAGUCAAUCUCAGUCAGGACUUCAUGAUCACCAGGGCCAGAGAGGAGAGAGGCCAGGGGAGAUGCUUUUCACUGACGGCGUUCUGACAGGCUACAAAGAGCCACACUGGCCCUGCCCUCAAGGACCUGGACUUGGGGCUGAGAAAGACAGAGACACCUGAGAGUUAUUAAAUGGCCUCUCAGUGAGCAGAUGUGUCCGAGUCACACGGCCCAACCCCCCACUUUUCUCCCCCAAUGCAGUCCUGGUCCUGCAUGCAGUCGCUCAUGCAACCUCUCAACCCCUGCUUCCCCCCCACCCUUUACUUCCCUUCAACAGUCAAACCUAUCUGCUGCCACCUCCUGCUCUCCAGCUCCUGCCCCUCCUUGUUCUGUCCCCUAGAAAUGUCCUUCUCCAGUUCCACUGGGUCCCAGGCUGCUCCAUCCUCGCAGGCCCAGCUCUCAUGAAGCCCCGUGUCCCGGGGCAGGAGUCUCCCUGCUCCCCAGCCCUUCUCCAGGGCCCCUUCCCUGGCCUCAUCACGUUACUGGUGUGUGACUGGUGGGUGCCUGCUUCCCCCCAGUUCGCCAGGCACACGGCUCACUGUGCAUGCUAGGCCGAGAGAAUGGGGAGCGGAUCCGAGUUCUGACCAAGUCUCUUUAUUCAGACCACCCCUGAGGGUGCUGGGAGCUAGUGCACAGUUUGGGCGGCCCCUUGCCCACUGCAGCCCCAGAGAUGCUGGAAGGAGUCGGGGUGGGGGGUGAGAGAGCAGUCUGAGCAAUGCUAUGUAACCCGAGCAGGGACCUGAGUGAGGGCCACAUGGCCACACCUGUAGGGGCUCCCAGAGGGAUGGCUGCUUACUGUGGGGUCAGCAAAUGGCAGGGACUGCCCUCCUGUGGGCACUGGGGAAGGAAUAAGUUCAGGGUUAGGGUCAAGGUCAGAGUCAGGGUCAGUGUCAGGUUAGGGUUAGGGGUUAGGAUUGAAGUGAGAGUGAGAGUCAAGGUCAGGUUCAGGUCAGCUCAGGGUCCUAGUGCAGGUCGGGGCUUUCCUGGUUGGCUUGGUCAAGAGUUGUGCAGAAGUGAGCUCUGGCUUUUAUCUCACCAUGAGCAAGAACCAGGGAUGGGGACCAGGCUGCCAAGGCCUUGAUCUGUCCAUGACCUCGGCCAAGUCCCCCUAACUGGGUCCUCUGCGCUGUGUGUAAGGAAGGUUGCUGCUAGGCACUAUUGUUCUGCCAUCCAGGAAGGAGGAGGAGACCUGGAGCGGAGGAGCAUAUGUUCUGCUCCUGGAGAAACACAGGACUGAGCGGCUAGGUCAGGAUGGGGACCAAACCUAGACAGCCUCACUCCAGAGUGCAAGCUCCACCUGGGGGGUGAGCUGGAGCCCAGGAGUCGGGGCCACCUCCCCUCUCCCCACAUGCACAGGAGGUGCUUCGAGAUGGGCAAGUCUCUCCCAAAGCCACCUCCGCAUGUGCCCCUGGAUGAGGCCUGCCCCCUCAGAUCCAAGGGGGGCUGGCAAGAGACCGGGAGAGGGGGAGGUGGUCCCGUCAGCAGGACCAGGUGGGGGGUGACGGAUCCAGCAAUCAGUUCAGUGUAGAGCACUAGCUGUGUCUGUAGGAAGCACACAAGAGAAGUUUGGUUUUGUUCUUGUUCUGACAGUAGAGGGAGACCACAGGGCACCAGCAGUAAUAAGAUGACGCUAAGGGAGAUGGUAUCAGCAUCUAGAAAAUUAAUCUUAUUUUGUCAUUUUGGUGGAGGCCAUCCUGCCUCCCCAGUCAAUAGUCCUCAGUUCAGAGUGUCCCGAGAGUGGGUGUCCAGGACUUGGAUCGAAGGCAGUGGUGAUGGUCUGGGAUGAGGUUGCCAAAGCAUUCUGAGAUGACAGGCUGGGCCAGGUGUCCUGCAGGUGAGAGCCAAGUCGCUAAUGCCCCCCUCCCCAACGUCUCUGACCUUCAGGAGUCCGAGGUGCCCCUUCCCCACCAGCGGAGCAGCUGUCCUUUCUCGGCUGCACGGUCAGUAUAUGUAUGACCUGUCCCUGCAGCACAGGGACUUUACGCUUUUAGAAGUCCUUGCCAUUUCUUACUCCGGCUGGAUUCAUCCCUAGGAGAUUGCUGUGUGGCAUCCCUGAACGUGGUGGCCAUGCUGGCAGGACCACCUUAGGAGCUGUCACCUCACACUCAUGCUCAUUAUCAGCGAUGUCCACAAUUGCCUGAUCCAGCAAGCAUAGGCAUGAGGUAAGGGAAGCCCCAGGCUUGUCAUCUCAGAAUGUUUUGGCAACCUCGUCCCAGACCAUCACUACUGCCUUCAGGAAACCAGGCUAUGGGACCUGUGGGGGCAGAGCAGAGCUGAAGGUGGGCACAGGAGGGGAAAAGGGAAGCGGGAGAAGGCUCGUUACCUGAAAGGUCCCAUGAGUGCCAGAUAGUUGUCUGCUGUUGGCACGCGUGACCAUGAGGGUGGCAUCACCGUCUGACUGGACGUGUUCAGGGAGUUCAAAUAUGUAGCAGCACAUUUAGGAGUUCUCAGAUGGUAUGGCCUGCGUUUGCUCUGCAAGUGGGAAUUGUUGUGUUGUACCCAGAAAGGGUCUCACUGUAGUCAACACCCAGUGGUACCCCUGGGACAAGGGUAAAGGGUUUCUAGAGUCUAUUUGCCAGGACUGGCCAGGUCUAGUGCACUGGACCGUGCACCCCAGAGUUCCCUUUGUCACUUGCUGGUGGAGCUGCCAGUCAGGCACAUUAGCCAGGCUUCCUUGGCCUCAGGUGCUGGCAUUGCCAUGCCCUUUGUGAUGAUGUAUCCAGGUGGCUGUGGUCUUUACCUGUGUGAUGCAGAAUUGGUCAGCAUGUCGGUUCCAAUGAUGUUCAUUGCCAAAGCAUCAUUUUCCAUGGGUCAUGGACAGAGUGCAUGGGUCCUGUGCAGUCUGCUGCCACAGUGUUUGUCCCUAAGGGGCUGGGAUUCGAUCCCGGUUGUUCGGUUGUCAGGUGCUACACUGAUGUCCAUUGGCUACUGGCUGCAAGUUGGUGAAAAUGUAACAAGAUGUGUUCAGUGGGUGUCUUCCAGGACAAGCACCAGUCUGCACCUCUGUCCACGGGCAGAGUUUUUUCCUUUCUACAUGCUUUGGCUUUUUUCUGUGGCUGCCCAGCCGCAGUGGACCGUUUAAUAUAACUGGGCUGACUGUGCGUCGGGCCCAGGCAUCCUCUGGUACCUUGGUGUACUGAAGACCCCAUGUCUGAGGUUCACCCAUUCAUGCAGGUGAGAGAGUCCAUUGAUGGCUGGUUUACUUCUUUCUUGGGUGUACCAGUUUCAUUUAAUAACAGGUGCUUGCUGGGCAGGGCCCACUUUAUCCCAUAACACAUGUGCCAGGGAGGAGCAACACAAGGGGAGCUGGUCUCUCAUCGUCCACCUAUGCCCAGUUAGAAGCCAAGUGAAUUGGCCCUCACAUGGGGUAUGCUGAGCCGUGACUGUCAGGCAACUGCCACUCAAAACACCAGGGGUCGCCUUUGCUGCGUGUCAACUUCCUUCUGCCCCAGGCUCCAGGUUGCGUAUCUCAGUCCCCCACACUGUCAUUGGAAAGGCUCUUUAGGACAAUUGGCCUGAGCGGGAGGCAGUCUGUACAGCCUGCUGAUUGUUUUCUUUAAGCACUUCUGCGUCCACAGCUUUUUAGUCGGUGUGUGGUGAUCUCCUUCCCCGUCCACCCUUGUCUUCUAAACUGCUUUACUGCUACCAUGUGGCUGGGCCGGGGAGCCUGGAGGGCACCUGUUGGGCACCAGUCCCAAUGUCAUUGUCCUGACUGUGGCCUUUCCCCAAUGGCAGCAUCCCUCACAGUAAGAAGUAGUUCUCAUCCUAAAAUCUCUAUUUCCGCAAGGCAUUAUUCAGCAGGGUCAGCUACCUGGGUGUGUGGAAUGUCCACCAAAUGAAACAACACAGGUUAGUUUCAAGCACGUGGUAGGGCCAGUGUUGGCUGAAACGGCACCUUUGUAACCUAAAAAGGACAGCCUAAAGCACUAUCCUUGCCUGGAGAGGAGUGGCCAGAGAUCUCAUCAGGAGCAUAUAGGGCCACAGCCCCAUGGAGUGUGCCUUUUUUCCCUGUUAAGACAACCUUCUGACUGGAGUUACAAAUCCAGCACACAGUGAUAGCUUCUACCUCAGAAACAUAGGUUCCUCCACCUUGUGAGGGACAGCAGUUCUUUUCUUGCUGCCCGAGGGAGGCACCCCCUUCUCAGAGUUCUGGGUUCCUUCCCCAUAGGGCCCGUCUUCCAGGUUUCUAUAUUUUCAUAUCUUUAGCCUCCCCCAUUUCUUCCUCCAGCCCUAGGGAGAGGAAGCUGCUUUAUAUAACUGUUCGAGCGUUCUUUUUUUUGCCUUUUUAGUUCUUCAGUUGCUGGGUGUGGUAGGCAGAAUAAUUGUUCUCCGAAGAUGUCCACAGCCUAAUCCCUGGAAGCUGAGAAUAGGUCACCUUACAUGGCAGAAGGGACUCUGUAAAUGUGGUUAAGUUGAGGACCUUGCAAUGGGGAGCUGAUCCUGGGUUAUCUGGGUGGGUUCAAUCUAAUUAUGUGGGUCCUUAGAAGUUGAGGAGGGAGGCAGAAGAGAAUCAGAGGGAGAUGUGACCACCGAGGAAUGGCCCGGGAGAUGGCAGUGUUGGAGCACGGGAAUGUGAGAGACUCUAGAAACUGGAAAAGGCAAAGAAAUGGAUUCUCUCCUAGAGCUUCCAGAAAGGAACACAGCCCAGUGAGAGCCGUGUUGGAUUUCUAACCUACAGAACUGAAAGAGAAUGCAUUUGUGUUGUUUGAAGUGACCAAAUUUGUGACAAUUUGCUCUCGCAGCAAUAAAAAACACAUAACUGG